AUGGUGUUACCUAAGAAGACUAUUAGAGAUAUUGAGGCAAUUUGUCGAGCCUAUUUGUGGAAGGGUCAUCAUGUGUCAGUGGGAGCAGCCCCUAUAGCUUGGGAAAGUCUUUGCCAACCAAAGAAAGCUGGGGGGAUUGGCCUAAAAAAGAUUGCCGAAUGGAAUACAGCAGCGAUGAUUAAAUAUGUUUGGGCAAUUGCGAAUAAAGAAGAUAACUUGUGGAUUAGGUGGAUACAUUGUGUGUAUAUGAAAGGAGUGGAUUGGUGGAGCUAUCAAGCUUCUUCUCAAGCCAGUUGGUAUUGGAAAAGAUUGGUGGCUGUCAAAAACCAAGUCUUAGAAGUUAUGGAUAUUCAGCAAGUUUCAACUACUCCUUACCGGAUCUCUAAUGGUUACAAAGCUCUUUGUCCAUUAAAAGACAAAGUGAAUUGGAGUCAUGAGGUAUGGAAUAGACUAAAUAUCCCUAGACAUAGCUUUUGUUUGUGGAUUGCUAUACAGGAUAGACUCAAAACUCGAGAGAGGCUGCAUAGAAUGAACAUUAUUGGGGAAGAUUCGUGCUUGUUGUGUAGUAAUCAAACUGAAACUUCUAAGCACCUAUUUUUUCUCUGUCCUUUUUCUCACACUUGCUUAGCUGAAAUUAAAGUUAGACUGAACUGGAGAGUGGAAACAAUGGAAUUGAACAAGUUGAUUAGGUGGAUUGGAAGAGCAAAGAUUAGUAGAUUUCGAAAAGCUGUUUUAUCAGCUGCUGUAGCUGCUGUUGUAUAUCAGAUUUGGCAAGUCCGUAAUGGAGUUUUGUGGAAUUCUGAGCAAGCUUCAGUUGAGCAGGUGGUGAGGAAAACAAUAGAGGAUGUGAAACUUAGAGUACUGAGUUGCUGGCCAAGCAAAACCAAACAAAGCGACAAGGAUUGGUUUUUAAAUUUGCAUUUCAGGAGGUGA